AUGGAGAAGAAGCGACGGGCACGCAUCAACGUAUCCCUGGAGCAGCUGAAGUCAUUGCUGGAAAAACACUACUCACACCAGAUCCGGAAACGCAAGCUGGAGAAGGCAGACAUACUGGAGCUGAGCGUCAAGUACAUGAAAAGUCUUCAGAGCUCGGUGCAAGGGCUCUGGCCGGUCCCCAGCGGAGUCGAGUUCCCGUCGGGCUUCCGCAGCGGCCUGCCCGGCGUCAGCCAGCUUCGGCGGCGCGGAGAGGAGGGCGGCGGCGGCCUGCGCUGCCCCCUGGCGCUCGAGCGCGCAGGCGGCAGCACCAUGGACAGCGCCGGCCGGAGCCCCGAGGCCGCCGCGCCGCUCGGGCCCUGUGCCCCAGCCCUGUGGGGCCCCGCUCCGGUCCCCGGCGGCCCCGGUCCGCGGCUCCGCUUCCCUGGGGAUCUCCCCGGCCCGUCCUCCGGCGUCCCGGGGCCGCAGCCGGCGCCUCGCCAGUGCACCGAGAGCCCGGGGCCGGGUCUGGGCGUUUGGCGGCCGUGGUGA